UUGAUUGACGUGUGUCCUUGAGAUCCCGAGUGGAAUUAAUCGCGAGUGUUGGAAAACUCUUCGGUAUGGGGAAUGCGCGAGUAAAACACCGAAUAUAAUCCGUGAAUGAAUAAAGUUGAGUUAAAUCUUUACCUCAGAGUGGAUGUUGUGAGCGAAACACACGACAGGUUGAUCAGCGGCCUCCGUGUGUGUAAGUUCGGUGUUCUGGACCGGAUCGAACCGGAGCGGAUCUGUAGAUGUGGAGGUGAAUUGUGAAUAUGGAUGAUCGGAACGGGAGUCAGUCCACUCCACAGCCGCAGCUCCGCAUUAAUGUGCCCAGCACCGCGAAAGAGAGAGUGCCCAGUGUUGAUCCGUAUGGAUUCGAGCGCUCGAAUGAAUUUGAUUAUGAAUCCUAUGAAGAGCUCAUGUCUGAGUACUUGGCAGUGCUCACUAGAAGGUCUAUCAAGUGGUCAAAACUGCUGCAGGGGAGGCGGCGUGUGGACAGAAAUGUGAAGAUAAAGCGUUACGUACGGAAGGGCGUUCCUAACGAGCAUCGUUCACUGGUGUGGAUGGCGGCUAGCGGCGCUCAAGAGCAGCUGGACAGAAACCCUGGAUAUUACCAAUCACUGCUGACCGGUCAACAUGACCCCAGACUAAUGGAGACCAUCCGGACAGAUCUACACAGAACAUUCCCGGACAACAUUCACUUCCGUAAAUCAGCUGAUCCGUGUCUGCAGAAAGCCCUGUAUAAUGUUCUCCUAGCGUAUGGACACCAUAAUAAAGCUGUGGGGUACUGUCAGGGUAUGAACUUUAUUGCAGGAUAUCUCAUCAUAAUAACUAAAGAUGAGGAGAAAUCAUUCUGGUUAAUGGAAGCGCUUCUCGGCAGAAUCCUUCCAGAUUAUUACUCUCCAGCGAUGUUGGGUCUGAAGGCGGAUCAGGAAGUUUUGGGCGAGCUGGUGAGGAUGAAGGUUCCUGCGGUCUGGCAGCUCAUGCAGGAUCAUGGCGUCAUGUGGACUCUGGUGGUCUCACGCUGGUUUAUCUGCCUCUUCAUCGACAUUCUACCUGUGGAGACGGUUCUGAGGAUCUGGGACUGUCUGUUCUACGAGGGUUCUAAGAUUCUGUUCCGUGUGGCUGUGACUCUGAUCCGACACCAUCAGAUGCUCAUUCUACAGGCCCAAAACCUCCCCGACAUCUGUGAGCGUUUCAAACAGAUCUCCAGAGGUGUUUACGUGGAUGACUGCCACACAUUCAUGCAGGUAAAUUCUGAAGCGACACACUCUCGGCUAAAUAUACAAAAGGAUUUUGAUAGUAAACCUAAAGCACUCCGGUUUCACUUUAAUGUUCACAUUAUGACAAACGUUCUUGGUCGUUGUGUGUUCAAACAAGCGGUAUUAAUGACACAGAGGAGGAGACGCCUGAUUACUUUAAUACUGUCGAGUUUAUAGAAUAAAGAAACACAAAAGCUCAUAUGAGAAAUAAGAGCUUGUGGGUUUAAUCACAGAGCCUUAAAAUAACACGUGAAAGGGAAGAAUUUAGGACAGAAAUAUUUUACUAUUGCAUAAUAUAAUAUAACUAUAAAGGUAAAGUUUGUUGACACUUUAAAAAAGUUUAAACUAGAUUUAAAUGUUUCAAGUUUAUAUAGACCAGUUCUAAGGUGUUAUUAGAGACGGGUAGCAUAUUGCUAACAUGUUUUAAAAUGUAGCUAGGCAUCAUUAGCAUGUUUUAGCUUUUAGCUAGGUGUUCCUAGCAUGUUUCUAACAUGUUUUAGCUUGUAGCUAGGGUUUGGUUGCAUGUUGUUAACACGUUUUAACAUGUAGCUAGGGGUUGGUUGCAUGUUGCUACCAUUUGUUAACAUGUAGCUAGGAGUUGUUAGCAUGUUUUAACAUGUAGCUUGGAGUUGGUUGCA